AUGACACCCUCAACUCCAUCUCUCGCGGAGCAGCUCCCCGCCUGGGCCAUCCUCGUCAACAUCAUCGCUCUCGUCCUCUGCUUCUUCUGCGGAGACUUCGUCGCGGCAGCAAUGAUGACCUACCACUACGAGCUCCGCACAGGCCAGCCGAUGCAAGGCGAUCCUACCUACUUACGGCGCUGUCUCUCCAGGGCGGUCAACUGGUCAGUGACGGCUUUGCUCUGGGUUUUGGGCAUGGGAGCGCGGAGAGAAUACGCUGCGGUGGGGUUUGCGCUGGGGCUUUUCCUCUCCUUGACGACGUCUGGGUUCAUGAGAAUUGCGAGGAUGUUUGCAUGA